CGUACAUCUGAUACCGCGUUAAGUUGAACUUCGACUCAAUAUAUGAUUAUCAUCCGUAAUCGUUACUUUAUCAAAAUUAUGUUUUCAUCAGAUGAUGAGUUUGAGCUUUCCGAGUAUGAGAUUCAACGAAAUGAACGUAUUCAGGCAAAUAAAGAAAUGAUGAAGGCUAUAUUUGGAGAAACCUUGACGGAACUUUGUAUGCCAGUUAAGAAGUCUCCUAAGUGGACACCACGUGAGAAGUCUAAUUGCACAAAAAAAAACAAAAUUUCGACAGCAUUGCGUAGGAAUCCCAAACGAAAGGCAAGGUCCUAUAGUAGUGAAUCGUUAGUCUCUGUUCAAAAUGGCAAUACUCGCUGUAAAAAAGUUAAACCUCAUCUUGAAGUGUAUAUUAAAGGUCGCUUGACAGAAAAAAGGCGCAUUGCAGACAGGCAUAACAACGACAAUGUUGAAUUUCUCAAAGAUGAAGAUUUUGCUCCAAAAUCACGUGUUAGAGCUACACAACAUGUCGUAAGACCAGUGUCUGACUUUACUGAAGAAGACUUGCUGAUGGUAGCUGAUGCUGUAUCUGACAAACAUUAUGACUCUGUAAAUGGUACUUCAUGUCAUCAAUGUCGUCAGAAAACCGAUGAUCUUAAAACAGUUUGUCGCAAUGAAAAUUGCAUUGGUAUACGAGGCCAAUUUUGUGGUCCUUGUCUUCGCAAUCGCUAUGGUGAAAGUGUUAAGGAAGCCAUUAUGGAUCCUGCUUGGAUAUGUCCACCUUGUCGAGGUAUUUGUAAUUGCAGCUUUUGCAUGAAAAAGCGGGGAAGUUUCUGUACUGGUCAGUUGAUUAACUUAGCACGUGAACAUGGUUUCAAUGAUGUAAGGACAUUCUUAGGUGACUAAAGAUAGAUAAAUUCGAAUGACAGUUUUUGCACUUGUUUUGUUUGAUGUUUUUUUGAUAAGGAACGAUGCUGAGAAGUUUUAGUUACCUGUUUUGUUACUAAAUGUAUGUGAACCAGUUUGCUUUUGUGUACUUGUAAUUUUUUGUAUGCGCUUACUUGUAGCUGUUUUUGUUAUUGUUCAGUAAUGUUUGGUUACUGUUUACUCAAUUGAUUUUUGCUUUUUAAGAAAGGCUGUAAUGAAAUUAUUAAGUUUUAGCGAAUAUUAAACAGAAGCGAUAUUAAAACAAA